AUUAAAAUUUAAAAGCUGAACAAAAUUAAAAAUUACAAUAAUGAAUAAUAAAUAUAUGAAUAUUUCAAUUCACGAUUUUUCAAGAAUAUGUCGGAUCUGUCUAUUAUCCAAUGAAUCUAAAGUAACUUCAAUAGAAUCCUUAGAUUUAUAUGUAAAAGUUACUAAUAUUCAGAUAAAACAAGAUGAUAAUCUUCCUAAAAAUAUAUGUGAAACAUGUGUGAUCGAGUUGAAAAGUGUGGCAUCUUUUAUAGAAAAAUGUAAAGAAAUCGAUAUAUUUUUAGUGUCAAUUUUAGAGAAAUCCAAACAAGGUAGCUUUAGCUACGAUAUACCCGAUUAUGAAUCAGACUCUCACUCGUAUGACGAUCGUCCAAUAAAACUUGAAAAUGAAGAUUCAUUUGCCGGUGCCAAAGACAUUAAAUUUGAAAGUGAUACAAAAAAUGUACAGGUUAAUUUUAAUGAUUCUGUAUUAAAACAUUUUCACUGUGCAAAUUGUGGGAAAGGAUUCUGUACCAAAAGAGAAUUAGUAGUACACAUAAAGACCCAUACGGAAACAAAAUCGUUCACUUGUUCAUUCUGCAGUAUGAAGUUUAGAUUUAGACAAUCAUUGCAAAGGCAUCGUCUGAUUCACAGUACCAUAAGGUCCUAUAAUUGUGAUAUUUGUGGGAAAGGGUUCAAGAGGGCAUUUUCAAGAAAUAAGCACAGAAAGAUUCAUAACAGAGUAAAAAUGCUUCUGGACACUGACCUUAAAUACAGCUGUACUCAAUGUGACAGAGUUCUAACCUCUCACUCGGCACUGAGCAGUCAUAUGAAAACUCACACCGGGGAAAAACCUUAUUCUUGCACAUAUUGCGACAAACGUUUUCCUUAUGUUAGCAGCUUAACCGUUCAUACUCGCCUCCACACAGGUGAAACUCCUUUUGUGUGUCCAAUAUGCAAUAAGGGCUACCGCAGCUCGACAAGUCUCAAAAAACAUAAGGAAGUGAAACACUUUGAAAUCGAAGAUGUUAAACAAGAAGACGAGAACGACGACAGAAACGCAGAUUCAGAUAAAAGGGAAUGUAAAAUUUGUAACAAAAUACUUCACAAACACGGGUUUGGUACACAUAUGAGAAUUCAUACAGUCGAGAAGAAGAAGUUCGUGUGUACGUUUUGCAAUAAAAAUUUCCAGAAAAACUCCCACCUGGAGAGGCAUAUUAGGAUACAUACAGGGGAAAGGCCGUACGUCUGCAAACUGUGCAGUAAAACGUUCAAACAGGACGGAGACCUAAAACGCCACGUCCUAACGCACACCGGCGAGAAACUAUUCCAAUGCCAACACUGCGGCAAGCAAUAUUACACAAAAGGCUCGCUGGACACUCACAUGACCGCCCACACGGGAAUAAGGCGGCCGGUCAAUUACGAGUGCAACAUUUGCAAGAAAUCAUUCAGACAAUGUACCCACUUCAAAACCCACAUGAACUCUCACACUGGGGAAAAGCCUUAUCUGUGUACGAUAUGCGGGAAGGCCUUCACCGCAAGCGGAACGUUAAAAGUGCACACUCGGAUUCAUACGGGGGAAACCCCGUUCGUUUGUUCGCACUGCAGCAAAGGGUACAAUAAUUCGAGCAGCUUGAAACGUCACAUCAUGAGGAAUCAUACGGGAGAGAAACCUUAUGUUUGUAUGAUUUGUAACAAGGGUUUCCACGACUCCACUAAUUUAAAGCGGCACAUAAAACGUGUGCACUCCGUCGUAGAGAUCAAGAAAGAUAAUGAGGUUGCAGAUGCGACAAAAUCUGUACUGAUAUGUGUCUGUUGCACUGUUAUGGCAAAUAAAGAAACAAAUAUCCACGUAGCCUAUGAAGACUUUCCAGUAAUCUGUAGAGUUUGUUUACUCUACAACGAUGUACAACCUUUUGAAAUGAAAUUAUUAGAACUUUUUAAAGCUAUAAUAAAUAAUUCAGAAGAGGAAAUUGAAGAAAAACUGCCCCAUAACAUCUGCGAAAUCUGUUUAGUGCAAUUGAAAGAUUUCGAAAAUUUUAUUCAUAAGUGUAGAAUAAACGAAGCAACAUUAAAAAGUGUAUACUUGGAAAGAAAGAAUAAGUAUGUUGAUUCGUCGGAUGCAGAUAGUGACGUAGAAGACAAGUUUGAUCCAGAUUAUGUAAAGUGUGAGGAGGAAGAAGAAACAAUCAAAACUAAUACUAAGUUAAAUAGAAGAGAAGAGGUGCAAUCAGACAGUGACAGUCCCGAGUCAAAAAAGCAAUUAAGGAGAGCCCUUAGAAAAAUAAAGAACAAAGCAAACCCAGUAAAAUGUGAAAUAUGCAAUAAAACGUUUUAUGGAAAAUCCGCUUUCGCCAAUCACACUAGAACGCAUAAACACAAACGAGAACACAAGAAAUUCCUGUGCAACAUAUGUGGAAAAAAUUUUAUCAAGAAUUCUCACUUGGAGAGGCACAUCCGGACACAUACCGGAAUAAAACCUUACGAAUGCAAAGACUGCGGGAAACACUUUGGUCAAAGUAACGAUCUUAAAAGACACCUUCUAACACAUACACGAGAGAAAGUGUUUCAAUGUAACCAGUGUGAAAAAGCCUUUCAUCAGAAAUCCUGCUUGGACAACCACAUAUUAACACACACGAAUGAAAGAAAUUUCGAGUGCAGUUUUUGUGAUAAAAAGUUUACGAUGAAGGCUUACUUAGAGGUCCAUACUAGAACUCAUACGGGUAUAAAACCGUACCAGUGUUCCCAUUGCGAAAAGCAGUUCUACCAGAAGAGCGGGUUAAACAAUCAUAUUUUGACCCAUACGGGAGAAAAGCCUUACAAAUGUACGGGAUGUGAGAAAACUUUCAUCCAAUCUAACCAUCUUAAGGAACACUUGCGGAUUCAUAGCGGAGAAAAGCCUUUUUUGUGUACUUACUGCGGGAAGGCUUUCGCCUACAGCAGUACGUUGAAGGUGCAUUUAAGGCAGCACACUGGUGAAACACCGUUCAUUUGUUCGUAUUGUAAUAAGGGGUUUCAUGACGCAAGCAAUCUGAGGCGACACGUUCAUCGGAAUCAUACAAAUAUCAGACCACCCAAAAAUAAAAAUGUCAGUCAAAACAUAAUGAGCCAAUAUUAAUAGGUACCGUCUAAUUUUGUAAACAAUCAUUUCGUGUUUUUAUACUAUUUAUUACAUUGUUUUACAUA